AUGGCGGCGGUAGAGACCGCAGCGUCCAUCACUGGCGACACCACCAUCCAUACUGGGUUAAGUAUGGUUGGAAAAGAUUGUCGUUUAACUGGAUCACUAGCCUGCACAUCAUCUCGUUCGAUCAAUCUAUCUAAUUGUUCUCGAAAUGAUAUUCGAGAAUAUUUCAUCAAUGGCUACGAUUUGGAUGAAACCUUAUUUACAAGUUUAAAAGAUGAAUCGAGCUUCUACUGUUGUCCCGAUCGUCUUCGCUUGCCUUUAAUUUUCUAUUACGGACAUACCGCUGCAGUACUUAUAAACAAGUUGAUGCUAGCUGGUUUGAUCAAGGAACGUGUCGAUCUAGAAAUCGAAACUUUAAUGGAAACUGGCGUCGAUGAAAUGUCCUGGGAUGAUACGGAGAAUUAUCGUAUGGGUGGUAACUUUAAAUGGCCUUCUGUAAAGGAUAUACUUGAUUAUCGUGCAAAAGUACGAAAAGUUGUGCUUGAUGUUAUCGAUACAGCACCACUGGUAUUACCGAUUACGCAAGAUAGCCCAUGGUGGGCUGUCAUGUUAGGCCUGGACCAUGAAAGAAUUCAUUUUGAAACUUCUAGUGUUUUAAUUCGUCAAAUGCCCGUGGAUUUGGUUACGAAACCUGUCAACUGGAAUUAUGGACCCUUGGAAAGUUCAAAUGGUCGUGUUUACGAAAAUCCCUUUAUACGGGUUGAUGGUAGCGUUGUUAAAUUCGGCAAGUCGAGAGACUUUCCUUCGUUUGGUUGGGAUAAUGAGUAUGGAGAAGCAACAGUUGAGGUUCCAUCAUUUGAAGCACAGGAAUUUCCGGUUACUAACUAUGAAUUCUUAAAAUUCGUCAAAGCUGGAGGAUAUGAUAAGAAAGAGUUCUGGACUGAUGAAGGGUGGCACUGGAAAGAAUAUCGAGAGGCUAAGCAUCCUACCUUCUGGGUUUGCAAUGAAGGAUGUAAAUCAGGAUGUGGAGCAUCACUAGCAUCUUAUUCACAUUGUAAUGGAAGACCUCAAAAUGGAGAUAGUACUAAUGGCUCUAAUUCUCGGAAUGGACAAAACUGUUCCAAUUCUAACUAUAGAUACCGAGCAAUAUUCGACGUACUUGAUAUGCCUCUUGACUGGCCUGUUGAAGUAAAUUAUCACGAAGCGAAAGCGUAUUGUAGUUGGUUGGGUCAAAACUAUCGCCUUCCUACUGAGGCUGAGUACCGUUUGAUGCUUGGUCGUAAACUUAAUGACUCUGCACUAUUUCCUCGCUGUGACAUGGCGUUUGAGAGUAAUCCUCAAUGUAAUAUAAAUAUGAAGUACUGUUCCUCCACUCCCGUUAAUUUGUAUGGUCCAUCAUCUGCUGGAUUCUAUGACAUUAUGGGAAACGUUUGGGAAUGGGCUGAAGACCACUUUAAUGGCUUACCUGGUUUCAAAUCUCAUUAUGUCUAUCAUGACUUUUCAACUCCUUGUUUUGAUGGGAGGCACAAUAUGAUUAUGUACGGUUCGUGGGCAUCUACAGGUGGUCUAUCAUCUUGCUAUGCGCGAUUUGCAUUUAGACGGCAUUUCUUUCAACAUAUGGGCUUUCGUGUUGUACGUCAUAAUCCGGAUGCUAAUAUCCCAGUUCGUCUCGUCAAUGCUGAAGUGUUUGUCCUUGGUGUUGGUGUAGAAGACAAUGAGCCUUUGCUAAAAAAUUGCGAUGAUCGAUAUGUAUCAAGUACUAAUGAAGAAUUUUCAUACGAUACUGUUGAUGCUGUAAACGAAAUCAUUUUGUCACAGUUUGGAAAUGUUAAUGUAUCUCAGAUAGACGGAGUAGGUUGCGAAAAUGGAUCGGCUGAAUUAUAUUCUCAAGUAGAUAACAUUUGGAUUAAGGCUUUAAAAGAGUACGGUAUUAAUACGGACAGUGCUCUUGAUAUCGGCUGUGGAGUUGGCAGAAAUUCUUUUGAACUCGCAAAAUAUUUUCAUAAGGUUGUUGGAAUCGACUUUGGUGGACGUCUAAUUGAUACCGCCUUAAAGGCUAAAAAAACCGGUGAAAUUAAAUGUUGUCAGGAUGGGCAUGAUGAAAUUGUGAUUAAAACAGAUAGUACGAUAAAUCGAGAUAAGAUUACAUUCAUGCAGCUGACGUGGUUACCAAAUGAAAUUUGUAUGUUCGAUUUCGUAUUGCUUACUCAUCUGAACCGUGUUGCCAACGACAAAGCCUGGAUACUGCGUUUGAAAGAAGUAGUUAAUACUGAUGGAUUAGUUGUAGCUAUUAACUACGACAGGUCGCCUGAUUACAUAAAUUCUUUGGUCGGCAAAUGGUUUAAUCUUCGAGAAAAUCAUAAUAUUUCCUAUCGAAAAGCUUGCAAAGGUCAAAUUUGUGAAUCUAGUACGAGUAUCACUAUUUGGCAACGCAAUGCCGUUAUUGCUUAG